AUGGGCUCGCCCUCACUGGCCCUCAGUCACUUGUGCUGCGGCUUGUGUGAGCGACACUGCUCCGGCGACUGCCGGCACACUGAGACCGGCGACGGAGCGCUGCUGAUCACUGGUCACAGCCUCGGCGGCGCUCUGGCCAUGCUAGCGGCGCGAGACUUGGGCCCCGCGCUGGCUUCCAAGAUGUCAAUCUACACUUUCGGCAACCCGCGCGUUGGCGAUGCUGCGCUGGCGGAGGACACCGAUGCCGCUACUCGUGAGUGUGAGGGGCCCUUCCGGUGCAUCGUGGAGGACGAUGUCGUGGCGCGGCUGCCACGAGGCAAGCAGGCCAACCGCAUUUACGACUAUCGUCAUGCGGGAACCACCGCCCUCCUCGAGGGCGGCUCCGUGCGGCUAGCGAAGGCGGACGGGGAGGACUGUCCGCUGGCGGAAGUCGACCCGCUGUACGAAGGGGUCUUCCCUCCGAUUCUCAACUUUGGCGCCUUGCGCCGCUCCAACCUGGCCGAGUUUGCCGCGGAGAUCGGGCGCCUCGUGCGUGGCCGCCUCGUGGUCGCGCAUCUGAGCAAGAGCUACCAAGGCGCGCUGAGCAAGUUGGGCGGCGGGGAGUCAUAG